UUUUCUUCAGUUAAUCAUUUUGAAAAUGAUGAAAUGGAUCCAUACUGGGACCCUCAAGGAGAAAUCCCAUGGCGUUACUAUGGCGUUCAGGUAAUUGACUACAGUAAAACCUCUAUUAAACGGACACCUUUCGGACCUUCCCAAACGUCCGCUUAAUAGAGGCUGUCCGCUAAAUAGAGUUUUGUAAAAAUUGCGCAAUGUUUGUUAACGAUUAACAUUCGAUGGUUACUCUGUACUGUGAGAAAGAUUCAUGUCGUUAAAGAUUUUUAACGAAGCUAAGGAAGCUGAGAUAAUCACAUCGCUUACAGUGCCUAGGCUGUUGUAAAAGUUGUCUUUGUGAAACUUCUUAACUAUGAAAUUUUUUUUUAGCCGGUUCCCGUUCAGUACCAACAGUUCCAGUAUAAUCCUGCAGUUCAGCAAAGUUGGGCUGAAGGAAUUCAACUGCAGCAUGGUCAAGCCACAUUUAUGUAAGUUUUUAUUUUUUACCUAACUAUCCCUAAGCCUUAAUUUUAUGCAGAAAUAGCUUCAAGGGUCUGUUGUUGUCAGGGGCGUUCAUGGUAAAUCUUUGAAUUUGGAUUAGACAGAAACAAAAUUGUUCACAUAAGGAUUGCUAUCAUCAGUGUUCAUUUCCGCUCAAAUUUUAGUAUUUUGUCACUGCACAGGCUACCAUACUGGACUACGACUGCAGAACAACAACAAUAUGCAGCUCAACAGCAAUUUGCCGUAAUGUAUGCGCAGCAAUAUGAUGCAACACAACAUCAGCAAGUUGCGACUCAACAGCAGCAAGCUGCCGCAAAACAGCAGAACGUUGCCACAAAACAUCAAGAAGGUGCGAAACAACACCAAGAUGAGGAAAAGCAACAAAAAGAAAAGAGCGGCACUACCAAGACUAUUCAAGAACGUCUCGAGUAGGUUUUAGUAAUUGUUGCUGACCAAUAGCGAAUGCCGCGUUUAUAACUGCUUGAAGUGUUAAUGCAAUUUUUACCUGAACGUAGCGAACAUCACCGACUCCCCGUUUUUAUCAAACAAAUAUCUCCAUUAUUUUAAUCAAUUUUGAUUUUGAUUCUAGGCUCCAUUUCUGGCCAUUUAAGAGUGUCUGAUUUGAUACUCGAUCAAAGUAAUUUCACCCUUUAGCAUGUAUGUGAUGAAGCUGAACGCGUGCUCACAAAUAAACGGUAGCAAUCUCGUCGCCAGAGCGCUCGGAUCUUACGGCUACAAACGGGGUGAGAAUAAGAUAGUAGAUAAUCAAGCCUAAUGUAUACUUGGUCUGCUAUUUACACAGAGAAAUGAAAGAAACUCUGGAGAAAGAAAGAGAGGAAUUCUCCCUGAAACUGAAACAACAAUCAAGAAGAGUCAGUGAUCUUGAAAUCAAAGACAAGCGACAACAAGAUGAGGUAAGAUAGGAGUCAAGGUCAAUAGAGAACCCGCUAAGUCUUCUGACAGGGCGUCCUGAGGGAAGUAGAUUAUAUUGCUGUUUUAGGUCAAAUCUAAGAUAAGGUAUUUUAACCAUAUUCAUAUGCUCCUGUGGAGUUAUGAAGAAGCUCUGUUUGCAGGUUGAACUAUUUUUUUCCUCUUUUACUGUAACGAAUAUAGUCUUGCAAAAGAAGCCAAAAUUAAUGGAGAAUCAGUUUCUCCUCAAUGGGAAAACGUUGAGUAAGCCACGGGCAGAAAGCAGUGCUCGGAAAUACUUGUUUGUCGUUUGUUAAUCACUUUUCAUGUACAAAGAUAAUGGCAGAUGUGUUUCUUAUACAAUCCACGCAGAUCAAGAAAGAGAGAAAAGCAAGAGAGAUUGCGGAGAACAUGUAAGAAUUUUUUAAUGCCGUACUAUUAUUUCGAUUAAAGAAAACCAAUGUGAAGGCCGGUCGCCGUUGGCGCGGUAAGUACUGCUUCGCGAGCAGAAGGGGGUACCCAAAAUAGGGUACCCCAAAACAAUUUCAUUUUUAAAUACCCAGGGUUAUGGCGUGUUUCAUUAAAAAAAUCAGUGAUAUACGAUUCUGUCGAUGAAGAACUUCAGUCCCAAACAAGUCAGGUCUAAUGGGUGGGGGGGGGGGGGGGGGUUAGGACCCCCCAGACUCUCCCCCUGGAUCCUCCACUACUGGUGGAAAAUUGUUUAAUGUAAAAUCAUGUCCAAGAAUCGGUCAUGCUAACAUCAGGGAUAUUUUUCUUUCUGUUGUAAAUUCAAGGUGGAACAAAAUGGAGGGGGAGAAGAACGCCUGGGAUGCCAUGAAGCAAUUAUGGGAGAAGGAAGGCGGCAAGAUAAACCGAGUUCUCUUGGUAUGAUCGAGUUUCUUCUAUUCCUUAAAACGUCAACAAAUUUGUCGUCUCCCUCGCAGCCGUUUUAGUGUCGUCACGCAUGACGCUCCUCCCCGCAAACGGCUACCAGUUAUAAGACAUCAAUUGAUUAUGACAAAGCAUCAGCCUAAUUUAAAGUUCAUUAAUUUCCUAGAGGACAGAACGCGACCUUUCAAAAGCAGAGGAGAGGAUCCUUCAUUUGGAAGCUAAUAAUGCAGCUCAAAGAAGUAAGCUCGAGAGAUUCAGAGAUGAAUUAUCUCAGGAGUUUUCCGCACUUCGAGCCACUUAUAACGAGGUGAAUGGAAGUUAAUAUAUAAACUCAACUAUAUUAAUUAACUAUAGGACCCCCUCCCCCCCUCUUUUAAAAAAAGAGGCGUUACCUAUACCCACGCCACGUCACGUCGAGAAUAAAUAUUUAACUUUAACCCGGGACACCUGUCAAGAAUACACGGCUAAAAGAUGCCAAAAGUUUUAAAGGACAACUCUUGUAUUUAUUGGCUUACACUUUAAACACGUAUUUCCUGAUUUUGUGUCUUUUGUUUUCUUUUUGCAAUGCAAAGUUGCACGAACGGCUUCGACUUCAAGAACUGUAAGUGUGCUUUAUCUAUUUUGCUUUUAGACUUGCCUUUUAUCUUCUCGGAUAAAUUUUCAGAAUUACCUUCCUUUACUAGUUAGGACUUUUAUUGAUACGAGGCCGUGAGAAAGAGGCCAAAUUUGUAUUAGAGUCAAAGUUAAUUUUAGAAUAAAAGUAUUUAAAGGAAAAAAGGAAAACUUAAACGAAAUAGAUUCCAGGAAAAACUGAAACAUGUGUUGCAUUCUAGAGGGAAAGAAAUAACUAACAAGGACGCGGGUAACGUCCUUGAGUAAAUUAUAACUAACAUCCUAUGUUAUCGACUUUUACAGUAGAUAGCUAGAUGCAUUUUUAGAUAGAUAUCUACUCUCAGUCUCCGCCUUAGCUUUAGCAAAAAGCACCACGAUCCAGUAACUGAUUAUUUCUUUAAACUGUUUCAUUUUAGCACCGCUUCAAAGACCAUACAUGGACUGAAAGAUGAGGUAUCUUGUCUGUAGCUUCAACACUUUGAAAGUUGCUUCUUUUUUAACAAGCCUAGCUUUUCUUCUUUGAACUGGUUUCCGUCUUUUUUUGCAGACGUUAUUUUUGUAGUACUAUUCAACAAAUUACCGUAGGGUACUCCACAAUGGAAAGAACGUUAAAGAACAAUUUUGAAAGUUCACAUUAGCAUACAUAACAUAUUCAAAGCAGAAGAAUUUUGGAAUCUCUGCAGGAUUAGCUCAGUUGGUAGAGCGUUUGUCUGCAGAGAGGGAUGUUCCCGGGCCAGGACCAAUACUCACGGUCUUAAAAUAACUGAAAAAUGAACCCUGGAACCUCGCAUGGCUCGGAAGACUACGGCGGCUGCUGUUCCGUCUCCAAUAAAAGACGUAAAAAUAGUUCCCCCAAUUCGUGCUCAAUACAUUGACACUCAAAUGAGGCGUAUUUUUACUUUUUAUUCUUUUAGGUCUUUAGUAUGAAAUGCUAACGAGAGUUUUUCAAACUUGCAGGUUGCUUAUUACAAAUCAUCUUACCAGAAAGCCACCGAAGAGUAAGUGAGACAUUCUUAGGAAUAAAUCCUCAAAAUUUCUUUUUUGUAUAAUAAGCUUCAAAAUCUGGCAGAAUGGAAGUAGGGUUUUAUUCUUCGACACAACACGGAACAUAGGCACGAGAAACAUGUCUGCAUGCAUGCGAAACGUAUUUCGAUCUUGAAGUUUAGUUCAAAAAUUUCUCGACAAUGCAAGUUUGUGUUAAAAAAUAUCCGUUAAUAGGUCGUCUUCGAUACAUCACUGAAUCUUCCCAGAAUUACAGAUUAAUGAUAUAUUGCUUCCGUUAAACCUUGAUUAUGUGAAGUCAGGAGUUUUUGGCGUUGCUUUAUCUCGUCAGUGUCCGUGAAGCUGACCAAAAACACCGAAUCUCUGGAAACGACAAUGCAUGAAUAAUAUAAAGAAUAAUUAACAAUUAAUGAAUGAGGCUGAGUAUCUUAUGAAGAAUUAUGGAGACCGAGGAGGCGGCCUCGACGGAUAACACCCUCCGAGAUCUCCAUAAUUCUUCAUAUGAUACGAAAGCCGAAUUCAAUAAUUGUUUUAUUAUUCAGUCAAAAUAAUUCCUAGUUUAAAAACAUGGCUAAAACAUGCUUACUUCCAUCGAUCCAUCGAUGUGAAAUUCAUCUUCGAUAGUGCAGGUUUAGGUUUGUCCAGCUCCCGCAAAUAUUCUCCAAAUAGCAGAUGUCGCCCUUCGAGUUGUCUUCUUGCUGUUCUUUCCAUGUUUUUAGUUAUUUUUUCGCCUAGUUCUUACUCUUGAAACGAGUGAAAUGUCUGCCAUUUUUCAAGUUCACAACCAAAACAACUCAACCUCGUCCCCAGGUCUUCUCGGUUAACGGUGCCUUAACUUGCACGAACGCUGCAUUUUUGACGUCAUUUCCUCGUUAAACAGAAAAUUCUUCCAAAUUUGGUCAUCAGAAACUGGUUAUGGCGAAUUAUGCGUGUGCUUUCAGCCAAUCAGAAUCGGGGAAAUAUUUUGAAUAAAUAAUAAUGGUAUGAUAAUAGUAUAUCUAGCAGGCCUUACGAGGUUAAUUUUAGGUUCACUAUGUACGUGGUACACUAUUUUUUCAUCACGAUCGCGUGCUUAUAUUAUUGUAUUUAUGGCAACAUUUUGUGACGAUUCUUUUCUAAUAGUUUUCAUCCAGACUGAAGAAGACCCACUGAAAAAAAGUUGUUCUGAAGAAUUUUGAGUAUUUGUAUAACAUACGUCGUGCACGUUCUGUCUUCCUGAAUAGUGUCUUUAAUAAUAAUAUGUUUUUUUAUGUUAUUUCAGUUUAGGCGUUGCUAAUCAAGAGCAACGUUCUUUGGCCCAGCGUUGUGAGUUGUGGAAGAAAAACUCUCAGAGAAAAAAUUUGGUUAUUGAACGUUUAGAGAAAGACAAAGCCGUUCUUUCUAAGAAAAUUCAGGUACAAGAAUAAUUACUUGAUUUUUUUAAUUGAAUAAGUAUAGCUUUCAUUUAUGACUGUAAGUACAUCCCUUUUUACUGGCUAUGAAAAACUGGAAGUUAGUUAGAUUAAGAUUGCUAAAAUUAGACGGUAGGCCUGGCUUUUUAGUGCUUUAAAAACUUGAAGAGUUGACCACACAUAGAGAUUACUUGAAAUCUAUGACAUUAGCGAAAUUGUGGCAAUCUUUGAUGCGGAAGCUUUUCUUUGAAUUGUCAGAAUGAAGGAUGUAAAGUACCCGAAAAAAGUAUCAAUAGACUUAAUUUACCGUGACAGUAUUUGGUUAGUAGAACACACUAGGUGAAAAGAGGGUGCUCCUUUUUAAUUGUAUAUGUCUUGAAUAAUUGACCAAUCAGAGCGCGUUCUUUACCUUGUUUUGAAAUUAAUAUUUGAAACUUUUUUAAAUUUUUGUUUCCUUUUGAUGGCAUUAAGGGUGUAAUCAAAAUGGUGUAAAUGGAAAUUUGUUUGGAUGCUUUGUGUUUUGUAGUUUUGUAGUUAUUUGUUAAAUAUUUUUUCUAUAUUUACUAUCUAAGAGUGAAAAGUUAAUAAAAGCUGUAAAAUUAAUUGAACUUACUUGUUCUUCCCAUAGAGGGUACCAGCGAUGUACAAACGGGGGAUGACCUCUCCAAAAUAUAGACAAAAUUCAAAGAAUACUAUUUUUGACACGAGCCUCGAUCUUAAUCCUAACUUGAUCCCUCUCUUUUUUAUGCUUUAGUCUGAGAGGGACGCAAAGAUUCAAUUGCUAGAGUAAGUAACUUGCUUUGUCACCUUUGGCCGCGACCAAAUAUGGUCUACAGCAACUUUAGAAAUCUUCAUAUUUCGGACACGAAGUGGUUAAUAUAGACCUUUAGCCUGAGCUAAGAGUGCAUAUUUUAUAAGAAAGUUAUUGUCCUUUAGUCUAAAGGACAUCCGGGAUACAAAUCGGUCACCUCUGGCUUUUUCUUAAACCUUUGUGCAGUUAGAUAACGUAACCAUUUCACCAGUAAAAUUCCAAAAGUGGGCGAUCAACUUACUUGUUAUUAAGACGAUUAGCGAAGGCCUGUCGGAGUCGUAAUAUUAAUACAAGGGUUUAUGAUCUAUAGUGAAACCAGCAUUUCGAUUAAACUUACAACGCUACCGAUCACAACAUAGUUGAAAUCAAUUUGUCGGAGUGGUAAAGAAAGGCGGAAGAACUAAAUCAGUCACAAUAUAUGGUAACAAAAUUGAUGAUAACCAAUAUUUUGCACGUACUGUCUGAGUUAUUCUUCCGCCAGCUAAAAAAUGCUCACCCAAACGGACGGACAAGAUUGAAGUGUUGAUCUUUAUAAAGAAAUAGGCUUAUUUUCGUGAACAUAACGGUCCUAAAUUCCGAAGUAGUCUAGUCGCAUGUAUUUUAUUCGUAGACAAAAUUAAAGGCCUUCGCUACCCAGAUCCCACAGGUCUGUAAGUUUGACCGUUAGGGAUAUGGGUGCAAGAUGUUUGAAGACCAGUAUAAGUCUAAGGGUAACACGUAGGUAGACAAUUGUCAUUUAUUUACCUUUUUUCACUGUUUAACCUUUACCCUUUUUAGAAAUAACGAUAAUCUCAGGGACGACUUAGCUGCAUUUAAGAAGCAAGUUGAACUCCUCAAAGAACAGGUUGGUUAAUCAAAAUUUUAAAUUUGUUUUUUAUUUUUUUCGAAAGAUUUUCCUGUGGAAAAUUUUCCCUAUUUAACAUUAUCUUAUGAGGUACGGGUUGAGUUAAGCCAAGAAAAGUUCUUUUCAAAACGAAUCUAUUAGACUGUACCGCGUCGCGUAUUAAUAUUGUAGCAGUUGUACAGACAUAGUACAAUACGUUUUAAAUUAUUGAUUUAAGUUGUUCUCUCGUUUUCAGAAUUAUAAUCUGCGAUAUUACGGAGGAGUAAUUGGAAAAUUCCGAAGAAUGAAACGCUUCAUCGUAAAUGCGUUUCAAAGAUUUUCAUCUUAA